AUGAUGUUGAAUUUGAUGAGUUUUUGGAACGAAACCAAGAUCUAUAAAGUAUGUCUUAGUAUGUUAUUACUUGCAAUGAUUCCGAUCGAUUGUAGAACAGCGCAUCCUUAUGUUUCGCACUACAUUAGCAAAUGGAGACAUAAUCCAGGAUACAAACAAAGCACAACAUUCAGCACCAAGGAUCUAAGAGAUCCAAAUUUCCCUAUUGUUAUUCCAUACAAAGUCACUCAAGAACAGAUUCUAGGACUUUUGGAUCAUCACAAUAUUCAACAACAGGAGCUUCAGGAUCUAAGCAUCCAAGUACCCAUCCAUGUAAAACAACAACAAGUAAGGUUUUAA